UUUUUCCCAUUUUUCUCAAGAGAUUUGUAAAAAAACAUCGAAUUUCUGAAUUUCUGUCAUAUUUGUUUGCUGAUAAAUAUUUAUUGACUUACUAGAUCAAUAGAAGUGUGAAUAAUCACUUCCAAAUAUUUAUUAUUAGUUAACAAAUGCCGAAAAAGAAAGAGAAGACUUCAAAGAAAUUUCACCGAGUUGCAGACUUUACAAUAAACGACUCGGCAAAUGCAUCAAAAUGUGGAGAUAAGAUUAAAAAAUCCGUUUGCACUGUACCAGCUCCUGAAGACUUGUCAUGGGACCAAAUAGAUGAUGAUCUGGAUAUUGUUGAAGAAGUUAACGAGGAUGGCACCAAGACCUUUGUCUACAAGAAGAAAAAGCAUCCCAAACAGGAUGACAUGGAUGCCCGCCCUGGAAUAGUUUACCCGGAGAUAGUUUGGUACAUGAUAGCUAGGUUUAUAAGACCUGAAGACGUUGGCCGGUUUGCUGCGAUCAACAAAGCCACUUAUGCUAUUACGAAACGAGAAUCAUUUUGGACUUCUUUGUACAAAGAUUAUUGCCAAGGCCAUCCAAAGCUGCCAUACAGAUUGAGAUUAGAGAAUAGUUUUAGAGUAUAUGGAUUGCGACAAAGAGUUAUAAGAUCGUUACAUCACACGUACGAUGUGUUCUUUAAGAGAGAAGACCCAGAAUGCCGGCCGCACCGCCUGGUGAAGAGCCGCUGUGUUAACAUAUGGUUUGAUAAAGGGCCCUCGCUAUGGACAAUAUUCUUUAAGUUCAGGAAACAGUCUGCAAUUCGAAAGCUACUUAGUAGCAGUACAAAUGAUUUUGUUGAAGAAUUAGGGAAAUUGGAUGCAAACCCUGAAGAGGAUUCACAAGUUUUGAAGGUUGUCUGCCGGAGUUUCUACCAAGGGCCACCAUUGAUGGGAAUGGUCCUGACUUCUCUCAAGGUGGCUCUAGCGCGAGGUCUCCGGCACUAUCAGAUGCACAUGGGCUUCAAUACAGGCCACCACGUGUCCCGAGACGUUGUGCCGGAGUGCACGGUGAUUCUGGACAAAGUUGUGACCGUUUUCGUGUUAAACUGGUGGGACCCUAGGUACCCUCAUUUUGAUAAUCAAUUGCCAUCAAAGUUUACAGACGAAAGUACCGAUUCACUGACAGUGUUGAAAAACGACUUCUUCACUACGAGUGAAAUAGAUUUGUAGAUGUAUGAAGGUGUAUGUAUAUGAUUAAUCAUUAUAUUUUUGAUUGUUGUUUA